UUCCCCCAUUUGACCCUUCAAUUAUGAAGCCUCAAAGUGGUGGCCAUUUAUAGGUCCCCCCCCUACACCACACCAAACACCGCGUACUAUUCAACACUCCGAUCCACCUCCAAUCUCCGCCGCCGGCCGCCGUCCAAUGGCGGGGCAUCACCAAAAACCUCACGCCAUCAUGAUCCCAUACCCAUACCAGGGCCACGUCACCCCCUUCGUCUACCUGGCCAUCAAGCUCGCCUCAAGAGGCUUCACCAUAACCUUCGUCAACACCCAUUACGUCCAUUCCCAAAUCUCCAAGUCCCAAGCCAACAACCACAAAGACGACAUCGUAGCCAUCGCCAAGAAAUCCGGUCUGGACAUCCGCUACGCCACCCUCACCGACGGCUUCCCCUUGGGGUUUGACCGCUCGCUUAAUCACGACCAGUUCAAGGAGGGCAUUCUCCAUGUCUUCCCUGCCCACGUGGAUGAGCUUGUCGGGAAUCUGGUCGCCUCCGAUGAGGAUCCCCCUGUGACUUGUAUGAUCGCCGACACUUUCUUCACCUGGACUUCCGUCAUCGCCGACAAGUACAACCUCGUCAACGUUUCAUUCUGGACCGAACCGGCUCUCGUCUUGUCUCUGUACUACCACAUCGACUUGCUCAAGAAAAACGGUCAUUUUGCCAAUUCCAACGAUAAUCGAGAGGAUACCAUAGACUAUAUACCAGGAGUCAAAGCAAUUGAACAAAGGGACCUGACGUCAUAUCUCCAAUCAACUGAUAUAUGGACGGUGAUGCACAGAAUCAUCUACAUUGCAUUCGAGGAUGUUAAGAAUGCGGACAUUAUUAUCUGCAACACAGUCCAAGAGCUCGAGCCCGAAACCCUCGCUGUCUUAAACAUGAAGCAGCCCGUCUACGCCAUCGGGCCCAUUUUCCCGUCCGGUUUCAGCAAGAACCCGGUUACCACCAGCCUAUUAUCCGAGGCCGACUGCUCUCACUGGCUCAAUUCUAAGCCCGAUGGGUCGGUCUUGUACGUAUCCUUCGGCAGCUACGCCCACACCAACAAAGCGGACAUAGUGGAGAUAGCCCACGGGCUUAUGCUCAGCGGGGUGAGCUUUGUUUGGGUUGUCCGGCCCGACAUCGUGAGCUCCGAGGAAACUAAUUUUUUGCCCCCCGAGUUUGAACAAAACGUGGGGAACCGAGGUUUGGUCGUGCCGUGGUGCCGGCAGACGGAGGUGAUCUCGCACCCGUCGAUUCGCGGGUUCUUGACUCAUUGUGGAUGGAAUUCGAUACUGGAGAGUAUCUGGUGCGGGAUACCGUUGAUAUGUUACCCGUUGGUGACAGACCAAUUUUCUAACCGAAAGCUAGUGGUUAACGAUUGGAAAAUUGGGAUUAAUUUAUGUGACAAAACGUCCAUCACACGACAGGAAGUUGUGGAGAAAAUAAACGUUUUCAUGAGUGGAAAGAGUGUGGAGCUAAAGAAUGCAGUGCUUGAAGUGAAGAGCACAUUAAAGAAUGCAUUAGCAAUGGAGGGAACAUCCCAAAAAAACAUGAAUCGGUUCGUUGAGGAUGUGAAAGCCCAUGCAUGGAAGCGAUUCGGGCUUGGGCUUUCUAAUGGGUCUUCUAAUGGCCAUGUUAUUGCACCUCUCAAGCAAGCUCAGCCCUAAGAUCACUAUGUAGGGCACAUGUGUGAGUGUGGGGGGUGGGUGGGGCAUAGUGUUACUAGUAUUACAUAGCUAAUUAUGUAUUGGUGGUGUGGGGUAACUUUCUUUAAUUUACAAAGUUUAGAUUGCCUUUUUUCUUCAUGGUACGUUGUUGAAAGUUUUAAGAAUUUUUGUUAAGGUUUUGCUUGUUUGUUUUUGGGUUAUUAUAUUUUUGUUGUACAACAACAAUUGGGACUAUUAUAAAUGUACUUAAUUAAUACA